AUGUAUAGCCAGCCGAGCAAGGUUCCAUGCAAAUUCCACAACCACCAAGGUUGUAGAAGUGGUACCCGGUGCCCCUAUAAACAUACGCUUGACGAAAGGAGAGACAACAUCGGGCGUAAUGUAUGCAAAAUGUGGCUUCUGGACGCAUGCUCGCAUCCCAACUCCUGCUAUUACGCGCACGACAGAACUUUCCUUCCCAGACAGGGGUGGUGGGCAGACCGGCAGCAUCUCGAAGAGAUGCGCCAGUACGCUCAAGAGCUCCAAUAUCGCGGUAUGCGUCAGAAGGAUAUCGAGAGGGCCGUAGAUGCGCGUUGGCCUGGCUGGGCCGUCAUCCAGGACGAGUACAUUGACGAUUACGAUGUGGAUGACGUACUCGACGAUGCGUUUGACGAUGCGCUCAUGGAGGAGCGGGCAGAAAAUUUCGGCUUUACACAGGGAGAAAUGGAGGACCUUCUGUGCCAGGGUGUGAAGCCGUGGGACGAUGAUGCAUGGGAUGUUCUGGGUGCAUUGCGGGAUAUGUGA